AGUUGUUCGUCCCACAUUUUAUUCGGUAACGGCGUCUCGUCGCUACGGUUCUCUCUCUCUCUCUGAGAAAGAGUGUGUGAGCUCCAGCACUACAGAUCCAUCAUCUGUGUGUUUGGAUAAACCUCUGAAUGGACUGUGUGCUCUUUUUUCUGGAGCGUUUACCUCGGACUAUAGGAGCUAGCUUAGCAUGCUAGCUGGAAACACGUUAGCAACGCCAGUCAGAUUGAGAGUUUGAUGGAGAGAGAAACGGUGUGUUUCACGGAGCUUGCAGGAAAAAGGUGAUCUAGUAAACAUGAGUAAAGUCCAAAUGCUGCUGUCGUUGAAGAAGCAGCGACUCACUGCUGCUGCUGAAGAGAUAUUUGCUUUGUUUGAAAAAACGAUAGCCGAGUACGAGGAGGAGCUGUCUCUUUCCAAAGAGGAGAACAAGAGACUCCAGAAACUUCUGGACGCUGUUUUACAGCCUCAGCUUCGGAUACACAGAGCAGAUGUCCAGCUGCUGGUGGUGGUUAAAGAAGAGUUUCUCCCUGACCAGCAGGAGUGGAGCACAAGUCUGGACCCGGAGGACCCAGAGCCCCCCCCACACAUUAAGCAGGAACAGGAGGAACUCAGGAUCAGUCAGGAGGGAGAGCAGCUUCAGGAGCUGGGGGAGGCUGAGAUCACCAAGGCCACUUUCACUCCUGACCCUGUGAAGAGUGAAGAUGAUAAAGAGAAACCUCAGUCCUCUCAGCCUCAUCAAAGACAAACUGAACACAUGGAAACAGAAGCUGAUGGAGAUGACUGUCGAGGACCAGAACCAGCCAGGAGCUCAGAUCCAGAGAGCAGUUUACAACCAAAGACUGAGGACGACACUGGAGACUCUUCUGAACCUGACACUGAAGACAGUGCUGAUUGGAAGGAGGCCAGAGAACCUGCAUCAGGCUCAAACUCACUGAAAAAUAGACAUGAAUCUGUCAGUGAUCCACAACCUAGUGCUGAAAAUAAACCAUUCAGCUGCACAGUCUGUAAGAAAGCUUUUUCACAGAGUGGGCAUUUAAAGGCACACACGAGAGUCCACGCAGGAGAGAAACCAUUCAGCUGCUCAGUCUGUAAGAAAGCUUUUUCACAUUGUGGAGAUUUAAAGAAACACAUGAGAAUCCACACAGGCGAGAAAGCACACAGCUGCUCAGUCUGUAAGAAAGCUUUUUCACAGAGUGAUGGUUUAAAGAAACACAUGAGAGUCCACACAGGAGAGAAAGCACACAGCUGCUCAGUCUGUAAGAAAGCUUUUUCACGGAGUGAUGGUUUAAAGAAACACAUGAGAGUCCACACAGGAGAGAAAGCACACAGCUGCUCAGUCUGUAAGAAAGCUUUUUCACAUAGUGGAAAUUUAAAGAAACACAUGAGAGUCCACACAGGAGAGAAAGCACACAGCUGCUCAGUCUGUAAGAAAGAUUUUUCACAGAGUGAAGAUUUAAAGAAACACAUGAGAAUCCACACAGGAGAGAAAGCACACAGCUGCUCAGUCUGUAAGAAAGCUUUUUCACGGAGUGAUAGUUUAAAGAACCACAUGAGAGUCCACACAGGAGAGAAAGCACACAGCUGCUCAGUCUGUAAGAAAGCUUUUUCACAGAGUGCAGAUUUAAAGAAACACAUGAGAGUCCACACAGGAGAGAAAGCACACAGCUGCUCAGUCUGUAAGAAAGCUUUUUCACGGAGUGAUAGUUUAAAGACACACAUGAGAGUCCACACAGGAGAGGAAAAAUAGAGCUGCAAUUUUUGUGACAAAAUAUUUAAAUGGCAUAAUCGUUUCAAAAGACAUAAGUGUGUUGGUCGUCAGCCGAUUCUGUAACUGUCAGGGAAUACAUUCAUCUAUUUUGUAUCCUGAUGACCUCAUGCCAUUACAUGUAAUACGUUGCUCCCUAAGCCUGAUUUCACCCACCUGCAACCGAUUCGCUAAUAAUCACAAAUCUUCAUUUUCUUUGACCCCUUGACUCGACUAUUUCUUGUUUAAUAAUCGUUACAUCUCCUCAGGACCAAGUUCCAGUGUCCUGCCUUUCACCUGCUGAUCACCGACUGCUCAUUUAAGGUGGACUCACCUUUACAAGGGACCAGCUAGUCUUAGUGUCUUAAUGCAAAUGUGUUGUAAAGUGAUGCUAGACCAAAAACGUGCUGUUGGGUAGUGUGCUCUCUGCAGGACGGUGUCUGUACUCAAAUAUUGUUUAUGAAAUGAGAGCUUCAUUCCGUUGUUGUUGUCUAAACAACGCCAACAGUGCGAUACGUCUUCUUUCCAGCAGAUGGCAUACAUGUUACAUCAUCCAGUUCAACUGUCAUCCACAUAUUAAUGAUUCAAAACAGCAAUGUGUAAGAUAUGGCUAGUAAUUGACCAUUUCAACAGAAUGUGAAGAGUUUACAGUCGUGAGGCCAUGUCCAAUAUGUUUAUGUUUUGUUUGAAUAAAUCUACUGAAAUGAG